AUGUCAUCAAGCCAAAAAAGAGAUGCAACUUGGGCUAAUCGAACUGCAAUCGGCAAUAAAUCAACAGUUCAAUGUGUGUUCUGUCGAAAGAUAUUCAAUGCUGGAAUAUAUCGUCAGAUAAAACAUCUAACUGGUGGUGAUAGGGAUGUCAUCGUAUGUCCAAAAGUUCCUGAUGCUGUUAAGGAAGAAAUAAGAGAGUAUGCUGCGAAUCUUGAUGAAUAUGAUGAAAUGGAUGAGGAUGACAGUGAAGAAGCCAAUGAUAUAUCGUCAAAAUCUCAAAGAAAGCCUUCAACUAGUGGCAGUGAAUCAUCCACAGCUAGCACCGUUAAAGGUCCUCACAAUGUUCAUUUCUCGCAAAAACCACAUGCAAAAAAGAGAAAAGGUGAAGCUAUUGAUUUAAAUUCUGUCAAGAAGAUUAGAAGGGAGCGCGCUGUAGCUGCUUUUGCAAGAUGGAUGUAUGAUGUAGAGCUCCCUUUCAAUAGUGUCAAUUACACCGACAAUUUUGGUGAAUUCAUUAAGGUAGUAGGCCAAUAUGGUCAAGGAAUGAAGCCCCCCGCCCAUCACGAAGUAAAACUUCCUUAUCUAAAAAAGGAGUUGGAGGAGACAAACAAGAUUAUUGAGGAGCAUAAGGUGCAAUGGCAAAGAUAUGGAUGUUCCAUUAUGAUGGAUAAAGGGAUAGCGAAAAAUGGGAAAAUGAUGAUUAAUGUUUUGGUGAAUUCUCUCAAAGGUAGUGUGUUUCUUGAGUCCUAUGAUGCUAGUGUCUCUUCUACUGAUUCCACCAAAAUGUUCAACUUGUUUGAGAAGACUAUAUUGAAAAUUGGAAAGGAAAAUGUUGUACAAGUUGUUAUGGAUAACACAAGUGAGAAUGUUAAAGUGGGUCACAUGUUGAAAGGAGUGUUCCCGCACAUUUUUUGGACUCCAUGUGUUGAGCAUUGUAUCAAUAUGAUGUUUGACGACAUUUUCAAGGAAGCCCCGUAUUCUACAGUUUUUGCUAAGGCUGUUCGGAUACAUUCUUACAUUAGUCAAACGCCAUUGUUGUUGAACAUGAUGAGAAGAUACACAAACCAAAGAAAUUUGGUGAAACCUGCCAAGACCAGAUUCACAACUACUUUCUUGACUUUGCGUAGUUUUUACUUGCAAAAGAAUAACUUGAGAACCUUAUUCAUGUCAACUGAAUGGAAAGAGAGUAGAUUUGCAAAGGAAGUUCUCGGGGAAGAAGUUGCGACAUCUGUUAUUUCUCCGUUGUUCUGGAAUGACAUUGUUCAAGCACUUAAAGUUUGCGGUCCUUUGAUUACUAUACUUCGUUUGGUGGAUGGGGAGAAAGGAUCACCAAUGGGCUACAUUUAUGAAGCCAUGGAUAGAGCCAAAGAAGCUAUUGAAAAAUCAUUUAACGGGGAAGUGAGAAAAUAUGAGAAAGUUUUUGAGAUCAUUGAUAAAAGGUGGACGGAUCAACUUCAUAAACCUUUGCAUGCAGCAGGACAUCUUUUGAACCCAGGGGUCUUUUAUGCAAAAAAUGAGAGGAAGACUUUAAAUAAAGAAGUGUGGGCGGGAUAUCAUGCGUGUGUUGAGAGGUUGGUCCCAGAUGUUGAUUUGCAAGACAAAAUAGGGGAGGAGCUUGGUGUGUAUAUGAAAGCAGAUGGAACAUUUGGAUAUGAUAUGGCCAUUAGAGCCAGAACCAGAGUAUCACCAGUUGACUGGUGGAUGCUAUUUGGUCAUAGAGUUCCAAACUUGCAAGAGUUUGCUAUUAGAGUUCAAAGUUCAACUUGUAGCUCAUCCAGAUGCGAGAGAAAUUGGAGCGUGUAUGAACACAUUCAUACUAAGAAGAGGAAUAGGCUUGAGCUAAAGCGUCUCAACGAUCUAGUGUUUGUUAAAUAUAAUAGAACACUGAUACGUCAUUACAAAGCUUACAGCACCAUUGAUCCAAUUAUGUUGGAUAAUAUUGAUGAGGCAAAUAAAUGGUUAAUUGAAGUCCCCCAUAAUCAUGAAAAUGUAAUAGAUGAAGGAGAAGAUCUCACUCGGGAUCAUGUUGCUAUGGCAAGUGGAGUUGAGGAGAAUAUUUAUGGUUUUAGGAGGAGUACUUCAAGGAACAACGAAAGAGUCACUACAAGUUCAAGUAGAACCCUGGCAAGUGAAGUUGAGGAGAAUAUGUAUGAUGAAGAAGAUGAUGACCAAUAUAGUGAAGACGUGUUGACACUUCAAGAGUUUGCAAUUCUUGAAGAAGAAUAGGUGUUGCUCCCUUUGUGAUUUCGUUUUGAAUUUGCUUAAUAUGUUAUGAGAAUUAUUUACUAUC